CCAUGUUGACACAUGACGAGCAUGCGUCCAACCUCGCCUUCCUGUCUUUCCUUGCUCCUUCCUUGCCGCUCUCACGUUUCGUCCACUGGCCGCCUCCACUACGAGCAGAGCAACAAACAAUGCCAAAGGAGGCCUCCAAGUGUUGCGCCGCGGCUACGCCGGACCAUAAUAAGGCGGACUCUUCCGCCGACCCGCUCGGCAAGUGUCGAAACGCGUCCGGCUUCGCAUGGCAAAAUGGGGGCACGUCAUCUUCUCCAGAAAGCCAAAGCUCCGACGGUGAUGCCAAGCCGAGUGGAAAAAGGCGGCGCGGCAAGAAAUGCGCGUCCAACUCCGAGAAGGUGAACGGCAAAGGCAAAACCCGAGAGAACUGCGACGGCCGAGCCGGACUGAUGGCGCUGCGCUCAGAAUGCGCCGACGUUUGGUUUCAACGGAGCACCUACGAGCGAGCGGAGAGCCUCUAUCAGUGCUGGCUGGCAAACUCGUCCGAGUCGAAGGGCUCGGCUCCGAGUCCACCAAACAACUCUUCACCCAGGAAGAAAGCUUUGCCGCAAGAUGAGUCUGAGUCCCUGCGCUCGAGCAUCCAGAAGGCUUCAGAGAGCCCCGCAGCAGCCCAAUCGCCCGACAAAGGCUACAGGUCUCAGGCGCCGACUCCCGGUGCCACCGGCCCCCAGCAGAGGGCGCUCACGCCCACCCCUCCCCACUCUGUCAACGGCCUGCCUGCUGUUUUAGCAGAAAUGUUUGGAGAGGUGUGGCUGGAGAAGCCGCUGUACGAUCGCGCCGAAGCCGCCUUCCACCAAAACCUGUACGCCAACAAUUCGUCCAGACAGUCGCCCGGUAGCUCCGCCCCCAGGAGUGGCCUGCUCCCCCCGAGCGUCACCCGAGCGCAAGAGGGCAAAGCCGAGGUUUUCCACGCUCUGCACCCCAUCCAGGAGGAGGAGGAGCCGGCCGAGACCAAGCGCCGGAGGCAGCCCCAUCUUGCGCUCUGCUGGUUUCUUCACCCAGACAGCGAGCGGGUGUGGUUGGACAAGUGGCGGUUCAAUGCGGCCGAGAUGCGUUUCCACGCUCGCCGUGGAGGUGAAGCGUCGGCGCCCAACAAAUCUCACAGGCCCAAAACGCAAACAUCCGCAGAAUCCGCAACUGCUGGCCCAAACAAGAUGAACUCGGUCAACUUUCUGGCCCAGGAGAAGAUCUGGUUGGACAAAAGUCGCUACGAUGAGGCGGAGCGACGCUUCUUUGAGCGGGUCGGCGCCUCCUCGCAGUCCACGUCGAAGGUUGCUGAUGCGGGAGCGAACGCCAUUCUUCAAGACAUCGCCCGCGCCCGCGAGAACAUUCAGAAGUCACUGGCGGGCAGCACCUGCACCAGUAGCGGCUGCGGCGCGGCUGAUCAAGAACUCAUCUCUCGGAUCAAAAGCUUGGAGCUGGAGAACAAGACCUUAAAUCGAGGUGCUGCCAUUUCUUGCUGUUUGAAAAUGGUGGAAGACCUGAGGGCAUCGCUCUCCAAGCUGGAAUGUCGAGUCGUUGUCUUGGAGAAAAGCCCGGUGACUGCGGUGCCGGUCACGGCGGCUCCUUUGGCGCCUUACACAAACGGAACGGCUGCGCAGCACACCGGCAGCAUCGCAAAACAGCAGCUCGACCAAGACGACGAUGACGUGGACCUGUUUGGCAGUGACGACGACGACGACCAAGAGGCGGAAAAACUCAAAGAGCAGCGCUUGAAAGAGUACGCCGAGCGAAAGGCCAAGAAGCCCGCAGUCAUCGCCAAGUCCUCCAUCUUACUGGACGUCAAACCGUGGGACGACGAAACAGACAUGGGCGAGCUGGAGCGCUGCGUGCGCUCGGUGAAAGCCGACGGUCUGCUGUGGGGGAUGUCCAAGCUGGUCCCCGUAGGUUAUGGCAUCAACAAGCUGCAGAUCUCCUGUGUGGUGGAAGAUGACAAGGUCGGGACGGACAUGCUGGAGGAGGAGAUCACCAAGUUUGAAGACUAUGUUCAGAGUGUCGACGUGGCCGCUUUCAACAAGAUUUAAGUCAUUACUCGCCGCGUACUGUCCAUCGCCACUCCUCGUUAUGUUGUCACUUAAUAAAAGAUUGUUGCACUGAG